AUGGGGGAAGAAAUUCCCGAACUCCCUUCCAUAGAAAUAGCGGAAAACCCUAAAGGUGAGAAAGCAACAGAGAAAAAAGACGCUGGUACGAAUACAUCAUCCAAAGACUUCGGUAACGUGUUUUUGCGUAAAGAUCCACCCACAGAGAAAGAAAACAAUCUACGUUUAAUAUUGAAAGAUUUCGAAGAAUUGCACAGUAACCAGAGAUUUGCAGAUGUCAUUCUGAAACUAGGAAAGCACGAAUUUCCUGCGCAUAAGGCGAUUCUGGCAAGUCGAUCCAAGGUGUUCGAAGCAAUGUUCGAACACGACAUGCUGGAGAAUCGACAACACACUGUGGAUCUUCUCGAUAUGGAGCCUGACACAGUCAAAGACAUGCUUCGUUAUAUCUACUGCGGCAAAGUUCGUGAACUGUCUCCCGAAGAAUCUCUCAACUUGUAUAUAGCAGCAGAUCGGUACGAUUUGCAAGAGUUGGUGCUCCAUUGCCGUAAGAUUAUACUCAACUCGUUGUCUAUUGACAAUCUUUUCGAAGUAUCUACUGUUGCCGAUUUGCACAAUGACCAGUUACUUAUGGAUGAAGUGAAAUCCAUUUUAUGUAAAGAUAUGAAAGAAAUUUUAAAGACAGACCAAUGGAUAUUGUUUGCCAAACAGAACCCGAUUUUGUCUUUAGAUUUAAUUAGGUCCGCAAUUCUAAAUGAAUGA